AGUCGCAGCGCACCCCCGGCCACCGUGCGCUCGCCUGGUCCGCGUCAGCAGGGGAGCGCCGAAAUCGACGGGAGCGUGGGGGCGCCGCGGCGGGAGGGCGUCCUGAUGCCCUUCUCAGGUGUGCCGGGCAGCUUCACCGCCAGCUGCUGCUGGUGCCCGGCGCCUCUGAGAGUCCUCUGCUCUGUCUCUGAAGAUCUGGGUUGCAGACGUGGAGAGUUUAGCAGAAAGCAUUAUGGAUCUGUGGAGCUUCUUAUAUCUAGUGAUGCUGAUGGAGCCAUUCAAAGAGCUGGACGGUUCCGUGUGGAAGACGGCUCCUCUGGUGAGAAUACAGACUACGCUCCGGGUACAUGGCACAGAACAGACGUGCAUUUGGAAAACCCAGCGUAUCAUACAAGAUGGUAUUUCAAAUAUUUUUUAGGGAAAGUUCAUCAAAAUUAUGUAGGUACAGAUGCAGAGAAGAACCCUUUCUUUCUGUCUGUUGUACUGUCUGACCAAAAUAAUCAGCAUGUUCCUCAAUACCAUUCAAUACUCUGGAGAAAAACAGGUACUCAGAAAUGUCUCCCUUAUAGUCCCACAAAAACAUUAUCAGUGAAAUCUAUAUUAAGUGCUAUGAAUCUUGACAAAUUUGAGAAAAGCCCAAGGGAAAUUUUUCAUCCUGAGAUACAAAAGGAUUUAUUGGUUCUUGAAGAGCAAGAGGGAUCUGUGAAUUUUAAAUUUGGAGUCCUUUAUGCUAAGGAUGGGCAGCUUACAGAUGAUGAAAUGUUCAGCAAUGAAACUGGAAGUGAAAGCUUUCAAAGAUUUUUGUCUCUCUUGGGUAACACAGUUACUUUGAAAAGCUGGACAGGCUACAGAGGAGGACUGGACACUAAAAAUGAUACAACAGGAACCUGUUCCAUCUAUACGGUUUUUCAAGGGCAUGAGAUUAUGUUCCAUGUUUCAACAAUGCUCACAUAUUCUAGAAAGAACAAGCAGCAGGUAGAAAGGAAACGACAUAUUGGAAAUGACAUAGUCACUAUCGUAUUUCAGGAAGGCGAAGAGUCUUCUACAGCAUUCAAGCCAUCCAUGAUUUGCUCUCAUUUUACACAUAUUUUUGCCUCAGUGACAUAUAAUAAGCAGAAGGAUAGUAACAGGCUGAAAAUAUUUUCAGAAGAAAGUGUUCCUCUCUUUGGGCCUCCCCUUCCAUCCCCACCUGUGUUUACAAAUCACCAGGAAUUCCGGGAUUUUGUGUUAGUGAAAUUAAUAAAUGGGGAAAAAGCCACCUUGGAAACACCAACGUUUUCUCAGAAAUGUCAACACACUCUAGACAUGCUGAUCUGCUCUUUAUACCAAGACCUGAUGCCUGAUCUACACAAGCUAUAUGAAAGUUGA